CUGGUGAUGGGGCAGGGGGAGCCCCCAGCCAGGCUUCCUGAGCUGCACAGCCACCACUUCCCAGAUAAAGGUAUCUCCUGGAGGAGCCGCAGUAGCUCCAGGACACUGGGAAGGGCCGAGUGCAGCACAUGUGGCUCCGGCACACGGGUUGCAGGAUGGCAGCCUGCCUGUGCCAGGGCUGGCAGCUCUCACUGCUCCCUGCCAUCCUGUUCAGCCUCCGCAGCCCACCGUCAGCCCCUGAGCCAGUGACAUCCCAAGAUGCUGCACUGCUAGCAGGUGUGACUGAGGACAUCCUCUGUUUCUCCCGCUCGUUCGAGGACCUCACUUGUUUCUGGGACGAGGAGGAGACAACAACUGGGAUGUGCCACUUCUACUACUGGUACAGCAGGGAUGUGCCCACAGAGUGCAUGGUCUCCACAUGGUACCAUGGGGCAGGCAGGAAGCGACAUGUCUGCAUCUUCCCCAGCCAGGACGUACGGCUCUUUACCCAGCUCCACCUCCAUGUCCUGGAUGCCACCACAAACCAGACAAAGUAUUGGCGGAAGCUCAGUGUGGAAGCUGUGGGUCUCAUUGCUCCCCCAGUGAACAUCACAGCCCGCUGGGCUGGGGCUGUGGGGCAGCUCUGCGUGUCGUGGCAGCCACCACUCGCUGACUUCCUGAACUUCUUCCUCUACGAGGUGCAGUGCUGCCCUGAGAGCUCCCCAGGGAUGCCUUGCAGCACCACAUUGAAUCCCGGUGGGCAGCACCCUGGGGACUCCUCCAUCCAGUCAACUGUCAGCACCCACACACCCAGGGCCGGGGCACCCUCCCCGGGAGUGGGGCAGAGGCUGGUCCAGGCUAACACCUGGGUGGUGCUCCAGGACCUGCAGCCAGGGGUGAGGUACCACAUCCAGGUGCGCAGCAAGCCUGACGGUACCUCCAUGGAUGGUGUCUGGGGGCCCUGGUCGCAGGCAGUGGCUGCGGAGACACCCCACUCCUCAGGAGACAUCGGGCUGUGCUGCAGUACACCUGACCUGCAGUACGUGCACUGUGAGUGGAGUUGGGACCCUGCAGAUCCCCACAGCUCCCACCAACUCUUCUACCGGCCACCUCCAAGCAGGGCUGGCAUAAGGGAAGAUGCAUGGCAACAGUGUGAGAAGGUGAGCAGGGGGACACAGGGAAACCAUGCCUGCACCUUCCAGCCCAAAGCUGGCAGUGCCAUCUCUGUCCUGGUGAAUGUCACCCGGACCCACAAGCUGGCCACACUCAGCUACUUCAAGGAGCCCUUUUGGCUGCACCAGGCUGUGCUCACAGACGCCCCACAGCUCGUGCAGGCAACAGUGUCACAGGGCCAGCUGAGCCUGCAGUGGCUGCCACCCCUAGAACUGCUGGGAGAGCAGCUGGACUACCAGGUCCGCUACACCAUGGAGAACAGCCAUGACUGGAAGGUCCUGCAGGUUCCACGAGCAGCUAGGAAAGAAGUCCUGGACCUGCGGCCAGGCACCCGCUACUAUGCCCAGGUGCGGGCCCAGCCCAGUGGGCCAUGGUUCCAGGGCAGCUGGAGUGCCUGGUCCAAACCUGUUGUGGUUGAUGCCGUGGCUGAUGCAGGCUGGCUCAUCCCCAGUGUUACGGUGGUGCCGCUGCUCUUCUCAGCAGUACUCCUGGGGCUGCGGUGCACCUUCCCCUCCCUCUACAGCAACGUGAAGCAGAAGCUCUGGCCGCCCGUUCCUGACCUGCACCGUGUUCUGGGCAACUUCCUCCAGGAGAGCGGCAAGCACGGCCAGGUGAGGGGCUGGGGCAGGGCGGCUCAGCUCCCCCCGGUGGCAGCUGGAAGGGCAGCCCCUACCGCGUCCACUCCGUGUCCCCCAGGCCAGCGCCUUCGACAAGCAGCCGCCGGAGGAGGCCAUCCUGCCCUGCCUGCUGGAGGUGCUGCCCGGUCCGCGGUGCGAGGCGGGCCCGCCGCCGGAGCACGCUGGGGGCCGCCUGUCCAGCACCGACAUCGCCAACCAGUCCUACCUGCUCAUGAGCGGCUGGGAGCCGCGGGGAGCCACGACCGCCCCCACCCCGCCAUAAACACACGUCCCUCCUCAAGCACCCGCCUGGGCCCUCUUUCAUCGGCCCCGGCCCCGAUCGCCCCGGCCCCGAUCGCCCCGGCCCCGAUCGCCCCGGCCCCGAUCGCCCCGGCCCCGAUCGCCCCGGCCCCGAUCGCCCCGGCCCCGCCUCACCAAGAGCUCCCCGGUCCCACCCCCCAACUGCACGCGGCGAGCGCCCCGCCCCGCUCUGAGGCCCAGCCAAUCGCGUUGCGUCGCGCGGGCGUCGCCUGGCAGCGCGCGGCCGUUGGGUUUGAAGCGGCCAACCGGGGCCCCGUCCGCGCGCCGUUUAAAAUGCUGCGGCGCAGGCGGGGCGGGCGAGCGGUGGCGGCGGCGCGGCGGAGGACCAUGGCGCAGUUCCUGUUCGAGGCGGACCUGCACGGGCUGCUGAAGCUGGACACGCCGAUCCCGAACGCGCCGCCUGCGCGAUGGCAGCGCAAGGCCAAGGAGAGCGGCCCCGGGCCCAGCCCUGUCGGCGUGUCGCCUAUGAAGCCGGCUAAUCGCUCCCACAGCUCCAGCAAGACGCCGUCCAAGACACCCGGUAAAUCUGGAUCCAAAAUUCAGAGCACCCCCACAAAGGCUGGGGGGGAUCGCUACAUUCCCAACCGCAGCACUAUGCAGAUGGAGAUGGCAAAUUUCCUCCUAACCAAAGAGAAUGACCCUGCUGAGGAAUCCCCUACCAAGAAGGAGCAACAGAAAGCCUGGGCAGUGAAUCUGAAUGGUUUUGAUGUAGAAGAGGCAAAGAUCCUCCGCCUCAGUGGAAAACCACAGAAUGCUCCAGAAGGCUAUCAGAAUAACCUGAAAGUGCUCUACAGUCAGAAAAUGACACCUGGAUCCAGCAGGAAGAAUAGCAGAUACAUUCCUUCAAUGCCAGACCGGAUCCUGGAUGCACCAGAGAUCCGCAAUGACUACUAUCUGAAUCUCAUAGACUGGAGCUCACAGAACUUCCUGGCAGUGGCUCUGGACAACUCUGUUUAUCUGUGGAAUCAUGCUUCUGGGGAGAUUAUCCAGCUGCUGCAGAUGGAACAUCCAGAUGUUUACAUUUCCUCUGUGUCAUGGAUUAAAGAAGGAAACUACCUUGCUGUUGGCACAAGUAGUGCUGAGGUCCAGCUAUGGGACAUUCAGCAGCAGAAACGUCUCCGAAACAUGACCAGCCAUUGUGCCCGUGUGGGAACCCUCAGCUGGAACAGCUACAUCCUCUCCAGUGGGGCACGGACUGGCCACAUCCAUCACCAUGAUGUCCGAGUGGCUGAGCAUCAUGUGGCCACCCUUGCUGGCCACACACAGGAGGUGUGCGGACUCAAAUGGUCUCUAGAUGGCCGCUAUCUGGCCAGUGGUGGCAAUGACAAUCUGGUGAAUGUCUGGCCAUGCACCCAAGGUGGGGGUGGAGACUUUGCUCCUGUACAGACCUUCACUCAGCACCAGGGUGCUGUCAAGGCUGUGGCAUGGUGCCCAUGGCAGAUGAAUGUUCUAGCCACUGGAGGUGGCACUAGUGACAGACAUAUCCGCAUCUGGAACGUCUGCUCUGGUGCCUGCCUCAGUACUGUUGAUGCCCAUUCCCAGGUCUGUUCUAUCCUGUGGUCAACAAACUACAGGGAGUUCAUUUCAGGCCAUGGCUUUGCACAGAAUCAGCUGGUUCUAUGGAAGUAUCCAACAAUGACCAAGGUUGCAGAGCUGCAAGGUCAUACUGCCAGAAUCUUGAACCUGACUAUGAGCCCUGAUGGUACAACAGUGGCCUCAGCAGCUGCUGAUGAAACACUGCGGCUCUGGCGCUGUUUUGAGAUGGACCCCAUAAAGAAGAAGGAGAAAGAGAAGGCAAACAGUGCAAAAAGCAGUAUUAUUCACCAGAGCAUCCGUUGAGAGCCCUGGGUUGUUGUGGGGACGGGGAUAUUUGGUUUACACACUGUACAGUAUUUUAAAUGUUAAUAAACUGCUUAACUUGA